AUCCGGCAGUGCGGCUGCACCAUCGGCCUGUGCCCACCUCAAGCCUGCAGUCAGGAGGCCUGGGCCUGGGGUCUGUGUCUCUGGAAAGUCCUGGAUGCCGAGGCGUGUGGAGGCCCGUAUCCCAGCAGUUCUUGGGGUCCAGGUACUUCCUCGGCUCUGGAAACUCCAGUGCCUGCCUGAGGAGUCCCUGUGGCCAGGGCACUGCGAUGCAGCCUCGAGACUCCCCAGAGAAAGGCGGGGUGAGUCUUACUCUAACAGACUGAAGUAAUCCUGUGCUGAGAUGACAGACCUGCCCUGCCGCUUACGAUGUGCUGGGGUCGAACCCAGGACUUUAAACCACUGAUGGUGUGUGUGCCAUGUAAAGAAGGGAAAAGAUGCCGGGCGGUGGUGGUGUACACCUUCAAUCCCAGCACUCGGGAGGCAGAGGCAGGCGCGUCUCUGAGUUCUACAGAUUGAGUUCCAGGACAGCCAGGGUGGUUGCACAGAGAAACCAAAAGUGAAACACUGUCACUUCCCCAGAAGUGGGCCAGUUACUCCAGAGUUGAGUCUCUGGAACAAAGCCAUACUCUACUGAACUGGACUUCAAGGGACCUCUGCCAGUCAUCGCCGAGAACAGGAGGAGGCUGGGAGUGGGGACGGCACGGGCCUGGUGCCCGGCCAUGGCAUUGCACUUCCUGCCGCUGUUAGCAGUUAAGAUGGUAAGAAAGCAAGGCGCAAGGGGUGGCGGCGCACGACUCCAGUCCCAGCACUCUGGGGCAGAGGCAGGCUAAUAAUCCUGAUGAAUUCAAACCCAGAACCCAGCCUAGUAUACAAAGUGAGUUCCAGGACAACCAGAGCUACGUAGACCUGCCUCAAAAAAAAAAAAAAAAAAGCACCUCAGGCCAUCCUGUGCUGCAUACAAUUUGAAGCCAGCCUGGUAACCUGGUCUCAUAGAGUUCAGGCCAGCAACAGGGCUCUGGGUGAAGGCUUGGCACCACUGGGCACAGUGCCAGUCCAGGGCCCAUGGUGGGAGGAGAGGACGCACCCCUGCAAGUUGUCUUCUGUUGGGGUUGGGUUGUCAGCCAGGCCGUGGGUUCGCCCCAGUGCUCAAGGAAGCAAAAAUUCCUAAAAACACCAGGAAAACGGUCACUGGGGACUGAUCACUGGACUCCACUGCAGCCCCAGAGACGUGGCUUUGUCUGACUUCAAAGACACUUUCUAAAACCACCCAGAGCAGGGUGUGAAGGAGGAGCUGGCACUUGCGCUGGGUGGGCGGGUCUCAGAAGGCCACCUGUCCUCACAGGAAGAGAGUGGGGAGCCACCCCCCCCUUCACCCCGGGUCCACAAGUCCUGAACCAGCAUGGCGGUCCACCAGUCCCUGCUGCUCUUGCUGGCCCUGGAGACACUGUGGGCAGGCAACACAUUUGAGACCCACAUCAUUGGGGGUCGAGAGGCUGCCCCACACUCUCGCCCAUACAUGGCCUCUCUACAGAAAGCUGGGUCUCAUGUGUGUGGGGGAGUCCUGGUGCAUCCGAAGUGGGUGUUGACGGCUGCCCACUGCCUGUCUGAGCCCCUGGAGCAGCUGAAGCUGGUGCUGGGCCUGCACCACCUCCACGACUUCCAAGAUCCAGGCCUCACCUUCUACAUCGCAAGAGCCAUCAAGCACCCUGGCUACAAUCGCAACUAUGGGAAGGACCUGGCGCUGCUGAAGCUGGAUGGGCGGGUGCAGCCCAGCAGGAAUGUCCGACCGCUGGCCUUGCCAAGGAAGAGCCAAGCCAGGCCCGCAGAAGGCGCUUGGUGCAGCAUCGCUGGCUGGGGAGUAACCCACCGAGGCAGGCACCUGGCUCCGGCCCUGCGGGAGUUGGAUCUGCGUGUGAUGAACACCCGCAUGUGUAACAACAGCCGCUUCUGGAACGGUGCCCUCGAGGACGACAUGCUGUGCUUGCAGGCGGCGGAGUCCAAGAGCCAGGCACCCUGCAAGGGUGACUCUGGAGGGCCUCUGGUGUGUGGCAAAGGCCAGGUGGAUGGCAUCCUGUCUUUCAGCUCCAAACACUGCACAGGCAUCUUCAAGCCCCCUGUGGCCAUCGCCGUGGCCCCCUACAGCCCUUGGAUCAGGAAGAUCAUCCGUGGGUGGCCACAUCAGCCUCUGGCCUGAUGUUCCAGAUGAGCUGGAUACUCACUGGCCCGGGGUGGGGGUGGGGGGACGGGGGACCUUGCUGUACCUCUAAAUAAAUAA